ACCGCCCACGUGCGAAAAUUUGCAACUUCAACAGGCACAUCCACCCGCUCAUCUCCUCCACCAUAUCAACACUACACUGUUACUGCACCGCUGCCGUACCUUACCGUACGAUUCUCACCAUCUCGAGAACCUAUCGUAUCUGUGCCAACGCCGUUCAUCUAAAUCUCACUCCCCAGAGGGAAACUCCACAUAUCCUGGGUUUAGGGGCCCCCUAGUCACCGAGCACAGCCACUCCGUUCAUCAGCCCUACGAGGGUAGAUCCAACCAUCCGGAGCUGGGCUCCCAAGACCGUUCAUCUCCACCUAGGGCCGACCAUAUCUGUGGACCAUAAUAGUAAUCCCCUUUAAGAAAAAUCCAAGAUGAAAUUCGGCCAAACCUUUAAGGAAGCCCUCAAGACCGAGGGGUUUCCACCCGACUGGGUCGAAUCUGCCAUCUCCUACUCUCAACUCAAGAAAUGCAUCAACCGUCUUACCAGUGAAUUGGCCCAAGUUGGACUUGACCCUCAGACUCUUGGCAGUCUCCUUAAGAAGGUCGAGGACUACAACAAAGCCACCGAGAAUGACGAUGUGGAGUCGAGGCCUUUCGAGUAUUUGCUGAAUGACGACGACAGCGAAGAGGAACCGAUUGAUGGCAAUGACAAUGCAGCAAACGGAACGACCGCCAGCAACGGCUCAUCAAAGAAGAAGAGACCAUUCCAUCCCAAGUUACUAUUCUAUGUGGAUGAGAAAACGGGUGAUCUUCAUAGUGCUGGUUUAGACGAAAAGACGAAGAGGAAGCUCCAAAUGUUCGCUGUCCAGACCGGCCUCUCCGACAUAAGAGUACACGAGGAGUCACCUCGAGAGUCUAUUGCAUCUACAGACCUACCAUCCCCACCAAUCAAUGGACACAUCUCAAAGAGACGGCCUGGGUAUCGGACAGUCGAAGUACCAUUGACCUCGGACUCGGAAUUCUUCUCCAUGCUGGCCAGCGAAUUGUCGGGACUUGAACGUCUGCAAGAGAGGGAAGAAAAGAGGAUGCAUGACGAGAUUGCCAAUCUGGGCAUGCAAGUCGCCAAACUGACGAAUCCGGAUCGCAGGGCCAACCGCAAGCUGAUCGCCGUCUGGAGACAGAUCUUCCAGAUCUACCUCGAGAGCGACAUAUUCUUUGGCACUACUGAGAGCGACCACUCCGAGCACGACGCUGCAAAAGCAGCUGAGCGAUUCCAGCUCUUCUCCCAACGGAUCGCAGAGGCAGGCCUGGUAGAGAAGUUCAAAAAACCCGAGAACCUGAAAGCACUCAACACCUUCAUGCAUAUCAACCAGGAGAUCCUCCAAUCAUUACGAUUCGGCGAGAUCAACCAAACCGCCAUGAACAAAAUCCUCAAGAAAUUCGACAAACAAACCGCCCUCGACGUGAAAGCCACAUUCCCUAAACAAAUCGCGUACCCAGACUUCUCGACGCACCUCGCCAAGCAAGUCUGCCGGACCAUCUCCACGGACCUCAUCUGCACGAUCCCGCAGCUCGACGACUACUCGUGCCCCAUGUGCAUGGACCUCCAGUGGCGGCCCGUCCGCCUCCGCUGCAACCACGUCUUCUGCAUCCGCUGCCUCAUCGUCAUGCAGACCAACAAGCAGCACCUGUGCCCUCUCUGCCGCGAGAAGACGGUCAUCGACGCCUGCAGCGACAAUCUCGACAUCGAGCUCGCGGCUUAUCUUAAGAAAUGGUUUCCCGACGAGGUCAAGGCGAAGCAGAAGUACAAUGAGCUCAUGGCUGGCGUUGAUGAGUAUGGUGAGGUGUAUAAGGAGAAGUGCUCAGUCAUGUGAUCGAAUCUACGACCGCCCACUCCUGUCAUAUUUUACUCCGGCCUUCACUCCGUUGUUACAUGCGCUCAGAGAAGGGGAGAAGGAGAGCUUCAGGAGAGAGACUCCCUGUGACAUGUGUAUAUAGGACGAGCAUAUGAGCGUUUCGCCUUUCCUUUCCUUUUGUCAGAGAUACCCCAACUUCUUGCACAUUUAGCAUAAUUAUAGCCCUCAUCCAUUACUUCCACAAUGAUCAAUCAGUCG